AUGGCGGAAAACACGACGAAAGUCGCCAAACCACGGCUUCCGGCGGGAUCAACAAAGAUUCCAGCGUCCCUGAGUUAUCACCACAUCACCAUUUGCAUCGAAAAGCCGUUGACGCAGCGAUCAAGGCAACAGAAUUUUUCUUCACUGAUCCGGGUUAGCCGACAUUUUUUAUUCACCUCUCUCUCUCUCCCUCUCCCUCUCUCUCUCUCUCUCUCUCUUUCUCUCUCACACUCUCUCACACUCUUUCUCUUUCUCUCUCACUCCCUCUCACACUCUCUCUCUCCUUCUCUCACUCACUUACACACAUACGCACACAUGAUGUGGGGAAGAUGUGGUGGGGAGGCUUUUACAGAAAUGCUUUUACGGCCAUAUCUUGUUGGAACAACGGUUCUCGAAGUGCAGGAUUUGUUCAAUAUUCGUAUCACUCGUGGUUCCCUUGUGUUUGUCAUCGAUGUGACGGAUUCGAUGAAGCAGGAGAUUAAUGCUGUCAAGGACAAGACGGUCGAGAUUGUAAAACGGACUAAAGGUACCCGGAAUGCACCCAGCAGUUUCAUCCUGUCCACAUUCAGUGAUCCAGAACGUAUGACGCGGGUGAGGCAGACUGGAAAGGCUGACGAAAUGAUCCGCUGGCUCCGGGAUAUUAAAGUUUCUCAAGGAGGAGAUUGUGAAGAAUACGCUCUAAGUGGCUUGGAACAAGCCAUAGCCGUUGCUACUCCGAAAUCGCAACUCUAUCUGAUCACUGACGCCCCUCCGAAAGCUCCGUCAAAAUUCCAGGCCGUGCUGGCACAGGCAUUGUCCAAACAGAUCCGAAUCACACCGAUUUUGACAGGAGGCUGCGGCCAAGACAUGCACAGACCAAGAGGCAAACGUAGCACAAAAGACAAUCCCGAUAAGUACAACACAUGGUAUAAAAGAUUCCAACAAUUGGCUGAGAUGACAGGUGGUCAAGUGUAUGCAACUACAGACAGUCGAUUGAACGAAACCCUUGCAGUCUUGGAGGAAAGUCUUCUGGAAUCACCAGUGGAAGUGAUGAGAGCUGGCAUUUUUUCAAACGAACAAAACUACACUGAUAUUUUCAUAGACAACACGCUCUACGAUAUUCGAAUCACGAUAGGCACUGACGGAAAAACUGACCAGAUGCAACUCUUGUCACCGGAAGGGGUGGACGAACUAAAGAAUCCUGAAGUUGCCACCAAGCUGCAACUGACAGAAACAAUGGUCCUCAUCAAGAUGAAGAAACCAGUAGCUGGAACAUGGAAGCUUGUUCGAACAGAAACAAGCGCACAUGAUAAAACAUGGUUUAUAACUGUCACUGGCCAAAGCAAAAUUGAUUUUUCUGCUCGACUUUACGCCGUGGAAAAUGAUAUGAAAUUUGAAAUUUCUGGUCGACCAGUUUCAGGUACCAAUAUUUCAAUGCAGGUAAAAGUUCCCAAAGUGAAACUGGUCUCGUCUAUCGAGCAGAUCGUUCUCUACGAUGAAAACGGCAUUGAAUUCCUCAGCGCCAAACUAAAACAAGGAAAAAAGAAAACUAGACAGCUUUUCACCACAUCAUUUACCGUCCCCGCACAGCCUUUUUAUAUGGGGAUCAUUGGCAAAGACAAAGAUGGAAACCAAAUGAACCGCUUAAGGUUCACUCCUUACAAACCGUCAAGCGUCGAACUCAGUGUGAAACCCUUACCUGCCGUAGUGGAACCGAAGACAAGAAUUCGUCUCCAAUUUUCUGUGACUAAUGCUGGUAGCGAAGCGGAUUAUAUCGAAAUUUCAGCCAGCGAAUCAAAACAUUACGACGUCCAUAACAACAGGCAAAAACACUAUGUCGAGGCUGGACAAACCUUGGAUUCUUUCUUCACCCUCCUAAUCAGAAAAAUGUCCGGAGUUUCAGCGAUAAUUACAGUAUCGGCUCGAUUAUCCGACUCUAAAAGCCAGGCUGGAAUUCAAUACAAUAUGGUUGACUUGAUGAUCCGAAAAAAGUCCGAUAUUAUGACGACACCCCGCCCAGUAAGUCCACCGUCGUGUGAUUACCUUGUUCCUGCGAACGACACUGAAGUCUGUCUAGUGAGCUUUCUGGACAAUGACUGUUGCCAUUAUCGCUGGACUGCCAUAGUGACUGCCGAGCCAGGUAGUGUGCGUACGCCUAUUGUCAGCGUUUAUGCAUCCCGUGAAUCGACAGAAGUUAAAGAAAUUGUUAAUGAUGUCAAGGAUAAAGAUUAUUAUCAAGCAGAAGUCAUAGCGUAUCUAUGUAUCAAUCUAUCUCAUUCGGUUCAUAUCUAUCUAUCUAUCUAUCUAUCUAUCUAUCUAUCUAUCUAUCUAUCUAUCUAUCUAUCAAUCAAUCUAUCUAUCUAUCUAUCUGUUGUAGAACUUGCCACUGCUAUUCCUACUUAUUAUCUAUGGGAGAAUCUAUCUAUCUAUCUAUCUAUCUAUCUAUCUAUCUAUCUAUCUGUUUUAGAACUUGCCACUGCUACUCCUACUUAUUAUCUAUGGGAGAGUCUAUCUAUCUAUCUAUCUAUCUAUCUAUCUAUCUAUCUAUCUAUCUAUCUCUUUCUGUUCAUAUCUAUCUAUCUAUCUAUCUAUCUAUCUAUCUCUUUCUGUUCAUAUCUAUCUAUCUAUCUAUCUAUCUAUCUAUCUAUCUAUCUAUCUAUCUAUCUAGCUCGCUAG